CACGGAGAUUCAUCGCCCCCCUUCACCCAUCACAACUUCCCGAGUGGACCGACUUUGUUCCACCCAACAAAGGAGUCUGGCGCCUGCGUGUAGAGCCAUCGGUCAUCGCACUUGAUGCCGGAGCAAUCACCACAAGUAGUGGCUGCCGCCAACCUGAGCCCUAUCUCUCCGAUCCCCAUUUCCAGCCAAACCGCCAUCCCAGACACAGUGGUCCCGGCCCUUCAAGACCAAGCAGCCACGAUUGACGAAGCAGCUAAGCCUGCCACCUCCUUGCCUGUUCCUCACCACCCCCAACCAGUGACAAUGGAGCCAAACCCGGGGCCCAGCGAAAUUUCCGACACAAUAGUGGUUGGUGGGGACUACUCUGAUGAGUCCCACGACGAGAGCGACGAGAGCAUCGACUAUGGCGAGGGCGAGGAGGGACAGGAACAGGAAAAGGUCGAACCAGAAGCGGCCAACGAUGACUAUGCCAAAACCUUUGAUUCACCCACAGCUCAAGAGGAUCUAAAUGAGGCUGAAGAAGUUCAGCCAGAUGUAUCAUUGGCCUCAGAAUCCAUGACUAGUCCGCCCGCGCCUGACCCUGCAGCUGUCCCUUCUGAUCACCCGCCCACUCAUUCGCCGGCCGUGUCCCGCAUAAACGGCGAGGUUCAAUCCUCGGGAGACCCUUCGCCGUCCGAGCAAGCCAACAGGUCCGAAGUCCCCUCCGAUCCCUCACCCACCGCGCCGAACACAAUCCCAUCCUCUGCGGCGCCUACUUCAGCCACUGCCGCCGAGGAACCUGGCAAGGAAUCUCCAGCUGCCCCUGCUCCUGAUGCAGCCCCGCCUACCGCUGCCUCCGCAGCUCCUGCGUCGACAGAUGAAGAUGAUGCCGCCGCUGUUGACAUUCAGAAGCUGGUAGACGACAUCACUGCUAGAGCCGCCGCCACAGCUUCACCCCCUAACGCGCCAGCGCAAGCCACCCCCGUUAGCACCCAAGCUCCUACGGCGUCCUUGCCCGUAUCUCAUCCUCCCUCACUACCCCCCAAGCCUUCUCUUCCCAACCCGCCAGCCAACUUGCCCGCCAUUCCCCCGGCACACUACUCGUUCCAGUCAAGAGGUCACAAUGCUCCUCCAGCCCCAGCAAUGCCGAUGACUCUUGCCAGCUCUGGUGCAUCGCAUGGCGCGCACGCUGCGAAUGAAGGCGUUUCCUCCUUGCCCGCGCCGCCACCGGGCAGCUUUGGCGCCCCGCCUGCUCAUCACUUGCCACAUAGCGGAGAUGCUUCUGGCAACUACCAUGGCUCGUCUAUUAAGCAGCUCUGGGAGCAGUUCCUAGCAGACGAAAAACGAUACACAUCGGAGGCCAAGUGGGAAAGGUUUCCGGAAGGCUCGCGGAUUUUUAUUGGUGAGUCCACAAUAGCGGCACCUUGCCAUGGACCACUCGCUCACCACGGUUCAGGUAAUCUAUCCAGCGAGAGAGUCUCGAAGCGAGAGGUGUUUGAUGUGUUCCACAGGUUCGGCCGGCUAGCGCAGAUCUCGCUCAAGAGCGCCUACGGCUUCGUCCAGUAUCACACGGUAGCCGAGGGGCAGGCCGCUAUGCAGGGUGCUCAGGGCAUCGAGCUCGGUGGCCGGAGGAUACAUCUCGAGGUCUCACGCACCCAGAAGAAGAAGGAUGACAGGGAUAGGUCGCCGGACCGCCGGGGUCCGCGAGGUUCUUACGGGAGCGAGCGCUUCGACGCCGGCGAUCGCGGCUGGAAGCGGGAUGACUAUCGGCCGGGGCGCUCCCCAUCACCACGCCGGGGCGAUCCUCGGAGCAGCCGAGACGGCCACUAUUCUCGGGACCGUGAAUUCGGCAGUUAUCAGCGCCGUCGCUCGCGUUCGCCUGCGCGCUUCGGUCGGUACGGAGACGACUCGUACAGGCGCAGGAGCCCCAGCCCUCACCGGCGAGCGCCGUCUGACGGCGACCGGUUCGACUUCCCUCGACGCUUCGGUGCCGAUGUCCCUGAUGUGCAGAUUCUCCUGCUACAGGAGGUCUCGAGAGAUUUCGUCGGCUGGGUCCAAAGAGCCUUCCAUAACAAAGGGCUGAAGACCGAUGUCAUGUAUCUCAAUCCUCGAUUCCCUCGGGAGACGGUGGUGCAACGGCAGGUGGUCGAAGGCGUGCAUGCCAUUGUCGAUCUCGACUAUGGGGCCCAGACAAAGGGCAAAAUUCCCAUCCAGGUUUUCAUCCGAUCCGGGGGUAGCAGCGUCCGUUUCGAGCUGUACCAGGAUGUUGACCCGCCAAUCGCCGCAGAACUAGUGAUGAGAGAGAAAUCGCAGUCCGCGGCACAUCUCGGCCAACCACCGGCGCCGUAUGCGCCCAACGGCUACGGUCACCCUCCGCCGGCACAAGCGCCUCCUGCCGGCUACCCGUAUCCGUAUCCUCAGCACGCCGUUCCUCCUGCGCAGCCUCCAGCAGCUCCAGCUCCCGACCUCGCCAGCGUAGUCGGCAACCUCGACAACUCGGCCCUUCAAGCUCUCUUGGCAUCACUUCAGACUCCCCAGGCCGGCGCACCCCAGACAACGUAUCCUGGAGUGGCUCCCGCCGCACCCCAAGCCCCUCAGAUCGACGUGAACGCGUUGCUGAACAACCUCAGGAGCGCGGCCGCGGCACAGCCUGCACCACCACCGGCCAGCUACGGAGCCGCGCCCGCUUACGGCGCACCGACGGCUCCUGGUAGCUACGGCGGCGUGGAUCCAGCACAACAAGUCCAGACAAUUAUGGAGCAGCUGAAGCGAGCUGCGCACUAGGGACUACGUGAUACCCGGAACGGCAGUCCGAUGGCUCCAAAAGGUUUCUCUUGGAGAUUGCCGGAAGUUCUAUGAUUCUGUGGGCAGUGGCACCUGCGAUGACUUGUCAAAAUAAAGAAGCCGGGAUUCUCGGAUUGUACGCGCAAAGAAGAUAGAUUUAGCGAUGUU